AUGCAUCGGCACCACUGCGCCGAGGCUCUGUCCCGCGGUGAUCUUCCCGGCGCUGGCUACCGCAUCUAUGUGCGUGAGUGGAGGCUUGAAGCGCACGCCGACAACGAGGACCAGCUCCACCACGUUCGGCUCUGCUUGGAAGGCGUCCCGCUGCACGGCUGGAACAACUACAUCGCCACCUUCCUCAUCGGCCGUGGCUGCUCUCUCGACUACAUCGAGCCACGUUCCCUUCGCAAGGAGGACACGAGGGACAUGGCGUUGUGGGCAUGGACGGCCGAUCCCAGUGCCAUCCCCAAGGUCAAAUGGCUAACGCUGCCGGCCCAUGGUCACCGCUGUCGGGGACAGCACGGCCUUCGUCAUUGCGUCAUCAUCCAUCUGGACCUCCACGAGGACCACUCCAAGGCCGGCGACGACGAUGACAACCCGCCGCCACCGGAAGUUCAUGAAUUCACCUGGUAUAGGAAGUUUGUCGAUGGCACGUACACCCCAAGGGAUCGCCGACCUGCGCAGGGGUGUACUGAGCGGCGCCCGGAUAGGCGCCAAGAUGACGGCGACCGCGACGGCCGGCGCGGGCGCGAUGGUGGCCAUGCUCGGGGGGGCUGGGGCGCCAAGGUGCGGCGCUCGCUCUCUCGCAACACUCGCGAGCGCCACCGCGAUGAUGGCCAGGACCGCACUAGGGACCGCUCGGGGGGGACACCGACGGGAGGGCAACACUGCUGUGCUUGCCCCCCUUGCAUGCCCCGGCUCUGCUGCAGUUCUGCGAGGCUCGGGAUCGGGUAG